AUGCCGUCGCGCGCGUCCGUCCUACUCGCGCUAUGCCUAGGGGUCGUCGCCCAAGUCGCCUCUACCUCUGCCGCUGCAGUCGCAGCCACUGAGGCGCGCUGCUUCCCGCCUGACUUCCUCUUCGGCACGGCCACCACCGCCUUCCAGGUGGAGGGCGCCUGGAACGUCUCCGGCCGCGAGCCGAGCAUCUGGGACGACUUCUUCCACCACUACCACGAAGAUGUGGGGCGCAUGGCCGCCAUGGGGCUCUCGUCCUUCCGGUUCUCCAUCUCCUGGUCCAGAGUCAUGCGCUGGGACGCGCAGGAGAGGAGGAUGCUGCCCAACCCACAGGGAGUAGCGUUCUACCACGCUCUACUGGACGAUCUGCAGGCGCGCGGACUGCAGCCUAUUGCCACGCUCUACCACUUCGACCUGCCGCUGACGCUCCAGAUGCAGCUGGAGCCCAAGGGAUGGCUGAAUCCAGGCAUUUUGACGCACUUUGAAGACUUUGCAGCGCUCGCGUUCAGAGAAUACGGAGGCAAGGUCAAAUACUGGGCCACGUUCAACGAGCCGUUGACGUUCAUCAGCGGCGGCUACGGCUCGUGCGACGCUGCGCCCGGUGGGAUGCAGCCGUCGAGCACCAACACGUACACGGUGGCGCACAACGUGUUGCUGUCGCACGCCAAGGCGGUCAAGCUGUUCCGUGAACUGAAGCAGGGAGAGGAGGGCUUGGUCACUGCUGACGCGCGCAUUGGCAUCGUGCUGAAUGCGGAAUUUGGGUAUCCCGUGGACGAAUCCAACGCUUUGGACGUGGCUGCGGCCGAGCGCAAGAUGCAGUUUGAUCUGGGCUGGUUCUUGACGCCACUGGUGACUGGAGAUUAUCCGGAGAUCAUGAGGGACCGUGUGGGCGAGCGUCUGCCGCGGUUCAGUGCCGAUGAGGCAGCGCUAGUCAAGGGCUCGUACGACGUGCUAAUGCUAAACCACUACUAUAGCCGCCUUGUCACUUCAUGUGAGUCGAAGCGCUCGGAGAUCAGCUGCGACGAGCUGCCGCUGGGCCACGCGCGUGAUCGGGGACUCGACGACACGCGUGCUCCUAACGGUGCGCGUGCACCGCCUGCAAGCAGCCCUGAGUGCUCGUGGCUUGCAGGCUACCCGGACGGCUACUUGGACACCAUCAUGUGGAUGCAUGCGAAGGACCCUUCAACGGACAUUUUGCUGACCGAGAACGGCUGGUGUGGGGACCAGGAGGUAGAAAAUUUGGAUCAGCUCUGGUACUUCCAGGCGUACGUGGCGCAGGUGUACAAGGCGGUGGUCGAAGAGAAGAUUCCAAUCAUCGGCUACACGGCGUGGUCGUUCCUGGACAACAACGAGUCGGGGUCAUACAAGCCUCGGUUCGGACUGCACUAUGUAAACUUCACGAAGCAAGACGCUGCGACGGAGUUGGCACGAAUCCCACGUCCUGCGGCGAAGUGGUUUGCGCACCUUUCGACGACCAAGUGCCUGGACGGCUGGGAUAUCGAUAUCGAUACUGUCCAAAUGGACGCCGAAGAGGCAGCAGCUCCACGAGAUACAAUGCGCAACCCAGAGGCUGGGGGCAACGAUGUGGGCGUCCCAUGGUCUCUCACGGAAGUCAUCAUACUGAUUGCAGUUGGCGUUGCUGUACUUGGCGCCAUCACGUGCGAAGCGAUGCGCGAACUGCGUCUCAGUAGCCAGGGGUCCCCAGAAGAGCUGCAGGUGCUCAUUACCAUCGAGGAGUGA